CUUACCCGCAACACUGUCACGAAACUUCAAGUUUUCCUAAAGAGACAUUAUCUUAAAUUUACCCUACGCCGCCACUUAAACGACCACCAAGACUCUCAAAUCAACCCUCAAUCUCAACAAUUGUCUCACUUAUUCCGUCAUCAUGAAGGCUACGUUUUUCAUCUCUAUUAUCGCCGCCACUGUUACUCUAGUCAAUGCAGACCCCGUUGGUAUCUCAUUGCCCGAACCUGAAUGCCCAGCCGGCCCCACAUCUUGCGCAGAUAUCAUAGGGAUGAGUAAUGAAUGUUACAAUCUCAAUGGCGGAGAUGUUGAGUGCUCUGAAAAGGCCAUCUGCGAAUGUCCAGAAGGCUGUCACUUAGUCGAAGCUCCGGACCCAGUGACAUACCCUGGUGGAGCCUGUGUGGUCAUCGAGUAGACUUGCACCUGAUGCAAAUUGCAGCAAGGUGCAUAUGAGAUGCAAGGAUUUUAGUGCAUUACCAGGAGGAAUAUAAAUCUAGCAAACAGAGAUAUACGUUACCCUGUAUUAAAUUCACAUGCCAAUCUUCCAUUUUUA